AUGGUGAAACAGUGACAGUGUUUUACAUCAGAGCCUGUUGAUCAUACAGUAAUAUUUAAUGUCAUCAUGUUAGACAGUUUUUCUGUCUUCUCUUUUUUGUGCUCUGACUUUCUCUGUUUGCUUUAAGCAUCCUGCUGGGUGCGGUAAAGCAAACAUUGCGCAGAGCUGCAGGCUUCGUGUUUGCGCCUCUGUGUUGACGCACCGUGCACUCCUCUCACUGGUUUUUGCGGUUGUCCGCUCCGCAGCGCCCCGCACCGGCCAGCACCCGCACUGCGUCGGAGAAGCUGCGAGAUCCCGGUGAGCGACCGCCGCUGAAGAGACGACACCGCUGUCUGCACCCAGCCUGACCUGCGACUGGCAAUGGACUACGCGAACAACGCCUCCAACAGCUACAGCUCUGGAGACACCAUGAGCUCCUCCUUAGCCAACAUGACCAUCAACGACCAACAGCACCAGGAGAACGGAGUCCAGAUGGGACACAGAAGCCCCGGAGACGCCAAAAUGAAAGAGGAUGAAGCUGCACUCUGUGAGAAUGGGCUGAAGUCUGUGUCUGAACUCUGUCAACCAGAAAGCAGCUGUGACGACGAGGUCCCGCCUGCAGGAGGAGCAGCUCCAACAGCUCAAGCAAAGAUGGAUAACGGCUCUGCAGAGAAGAAUCAAACUGCCACCAAACCGACCUCUUCCCUUAAAAGACCGUCCGUGGUCACCAAGGGCAACAAAACACACGCCUCCUCCAGAAACGGCCACAGCUCCAUCCCCAUUAAAACCAGCAGCGCAGGGCCCAGGCAGCCCGGAAGUGUUGGUGCAAAGUCUCAGACCCCCGGAGUCAAAACCAGAACUGCAGCUCAACCAGCUAGUGCCAAGAAACCUCCCACUCCAAAAAAUGACAAAGACGCCCAGAGCGGACAGAGCAGCCCCGGCACUCCAAAAUCUCCUUCUAGCCAGGCGAAGGCGGCGGCCGAGGCCAACAAGGUGAAGAAGGUGGCCGUGGUGCGUUCCACGCCCAAAUCACCGGGCUCGCUGAAGAGCCGCCCGCCGGCUCCUCUGGCUGCAGCGGCGCCGAUGCCAGACCUGAAGAACGUCAGGUCCAAGAUCGGCUCCACAGACAACAUGAAGCACCAGCCCGGCGGUGGAAAGAUCUCAGCACUGUCCUCGGUACAAAUCCUUGAUCAGAAGGUGGACUAUAGUAAUGUCCAGUCUAAGUGUGGCUCCAAAGACAAUAUCAAACAUGCACCCGGUGGCGGCAAUGUCCAAAUCCUGGACAAGAAGCUGGACUUGGCUAACGUCCAGGCUCGCUGUGGCUCUAAAGACAACUUGAAGCACACCCCUGGUGGAGGAAAGGUACAAAUUCUUGAUAAGAAGUUGGAUUUAACCAGUGUGCAGUCCCGGUGCGGCUCCAAAGAUAAUAUAAAACAUGUACCCGGUGGUGGAAAUGUUCAAAUCGUGCACAAAAAGAUCGAUCUGAGCAACGUGACCGCUAAAUGUGGAUCGAAAGACAACAUCCGUCACAAACCAGGUGGUGGAAAUAUUGAGAUCAAAAAUGAGAAGCUGGAGUUCAAAGUCCAGUCCAAGAUCGGCUCUCUGGACAACAUCGGCCACGUUCCUGGAGGCGGGCAGAGAAAGAUUGAGAGCCACAAACUGAGCUUCCGUGAGACAGCCAAGGCCCGCACUGACCACGGCGCUGAGAUCGUCUCUUUGGAAGAUUCCCCCCAGCAGCUCAGCACCGUGUCCUCCUCCGGCAGCAUCAACAUGGCCGACUCUCCGCAGCUCUCCACACUGGCUGACCAGGUGUCCGCCUCUCUGGCCAAGCAAGGCUUGUGAACACACCCCUUCCUCCUCCUCCUCCUCCUCCUCCUCCUCCUCCACUUCCUCCACCUCAAACACACGACCACGUAGAGGAGUUUGUGAUGCCUUCCUCAUUAUUCACCCAGGACUUUUUUAGCUCCCCAUCACCGUCUGUCCUCCACUAACGUUUGAAAACUGCUCUCGAGGCGUCAAAGUGUAUUUGAUUUCUCUCUCUGUGGUCUUUGAGCUCUUGAUUUGCUAUUUCUACCUUUUGUAAGUUUCCCUUUGAGAGUUAAAGAACCUCAGCAGAGCCAAAUUGUCCCUGUGGGUCUGAGAAAUCAUCUCAUCUUCAUGCAUAUCCUAUUUAACACUUGGUUUCCCGUCACAUUGACUGUGAACUCCCCUUUUCUUGGGUUUGUUUUGUUUAUUUCUCUGGAUAAAAUCCAGAACAUUAACGUGGAUCAUGGAGGGAGCUGCAGACUGUUAGACUGUCAGUUACAGGGUCGACGAGGGGGCGCGAGAGGAAAAAAACGUUAGAAGAAAAAGUAGCAAAUCUUUUCGUCAAGGCAGAAAAAAGAGAAAAUGCUUCAGACCUCACUGCUGUCUUUUUGCUUUGUGUAGUCCCGACAUGUGCUGCACCUCCAGCUGCUGCAGGUGACGGUGUAACCUAAAAAAAAAAAAAGAAACGAACGGCUAGAAUAGAAACUUUUGUGUUGGGCACAGUUUUAUAAUCGUAUUCUGUGGAUAUAUGACAUGUAUUUGAUAUGAAGAAACAUUUGUAUUGUGCCUGCUACUGUCAGUGUUAUUUCUUUUUGUUACUGCUCUAUUGUAAAUGCGCUAAAGCUCGAUGUACAAGGAGGAAAAAUUAACCUUAAGGCAUUUAAAGUGUAACUUUCAUGGCCAGAACCAUGGAGAGGAAGGCGAGUUCAUCAGUAUUUAAACUGCUGCGUGCACAUUAAAGGUAGAGUAACGUUCUUAAAGCCAGACUGAAAAGUUCAUGCUCAAUGCUAAGCUACUAGUUAUCAUUUGGCUAAAAUGCAAAGCUAUCGUAAGAGUACAGGUGUAGAGGAGUCACGAAGUCGGAGAACUGACUCAGCGAUGUUCAGACCGAGCCAGACUCGACGCAACGCAACCGCUUAAAGGUCCAGUGUGUAAAAGAUGUGGCAACCAACUGAACACCCCUCACCUCAACCUUUCUGAGCUAGUGGGAGAACCUGAAGCCGGUGUGAAACUCGUUGUGUUUGGUUUGUCCGUCCUGGGCUACUGUAGAAAGAGGAGCCACAUAAAAAAAAGUCAAAAACAUCAUCAGGUGAUUAAACACUGAUGAAAACGAGUUUGUUCCAAAUUGAACUAAUCGAACACACUGGACCUUUAAACACACGAAGGUUUCACUGAUCAUCAGAUCGCGUGUUUUCGUCUAUCAAACGUUGCA